CUGGAGGCGGCGAGCCGGGCUGCGCUGGGGCUUCCCACUAAGCCACGGGGAACCGAGGAAAGUGUCGGGCGCAGGGCUCGCCGCCUGCCCGCCCGAUCUCCAGCCUGCCUGCCCUCCCGCCCGCCCGCCGGCCCCGGAGCGGGCGGCCGCGGCUCGGCGGCGUGGCUGGGGGCCGGAGCCCUUCCAGGCUCGCAGGAAUUCCUCCAGCAGAAACUGUAAUUGCUGAGCUUCUAGUUGACCAGCAUUCAGAGGGUUGUCCUCCAUGCCUGGAACACAACUCCGUCCUCAUCUUCAGAUCUUAGCUUAGAAUCCCUGGCCUUCUUCAAAGGCAAUGGGGGUUAAGUGCCUUGCCCAGGGUCACACAGCUAAAUGAAGACAAAGGCAGAGAUGGUGUGCCUAAGAAACUUCAAAAGGUGUAGACCUCCUGACUGAAGAGUAGCCCACCUACUUUUCUUCCUUUCACCAGUGUAUUGCUGUCUCCUUCUGAGCCGACGUCAUGCUCUCACUCUCAGAGCUCAAGUACAUAGCAGACGCCCAGUCCUCGUAUCACAUACUGAAACCAUGGUGGGACGUCUUCUGGUACUAUCUCACCCUGAUCAUGCUGCUGGUUGCGGUGUUGUCCGGCGCUCUCCAGCUUGCUGAUACCAAAAUUUUGUGCUGUCUUCCGUGUAAAGUAGAAUUCAACAACCGCUGUGUAGUGCCUUUGGACGUGCUUAAGCUCAACAGCACCCCUUCGGGCUCCCCGACCCAGGUGACGCCACCCAUCCGAAUCCAGAAUGACCUUCACAAGCAGCAAUACUCCUACAUCGACGCCGUGUGCUAUGAGAAGCAGCUCCACUGGUUCGCCAAGUUUUUCCCUUAUCUGGUGCUCCUGCACACACUCAUCUUUGCCGCGUGCAGUAACUUCUGGCUUCACUACCCCAGCACCAGUUCCAGAAUCGAGCAUUUUGUCUCCAUCCUCCAUAAGUGCUUUGAUUCCCCCUGGACCACUCGCGCCCUUUCGGAGACCGUAGCUGAGCAGUCGGUAAGGGUUCCCCUCAACAAGUCCAGAGUUCUCUUUUCACCCUCUGGGUUAUCGACAAACAUCAGUACUAGUAAGCAGUCGCUACACGUUGGGCAGGCGGGCAUGGAGUCCGGUCUCGAAAGCCCAACCUCCAGCGUCUUGGACAAAAAAGAAGGGGAGCAAGCAAAAGCCAUCUUUGAAAAAGUAAAAAGAUUCCGAUUGCACGUGGAGCAGAAGGAUGUCAUCUAUCGAGUGUACAUGAGGCAGAUCAUAAUCAAAGUCAUUUUAUUUAUCAUUAUCAUAGCUUAUGUCCCCUAUUUUUUGACCUAUAUCACCCUAGAAAUUGACUGCCUCAUUGACAUGCAGGCCUUUACAGGAUAUAAGCGCUACCACUGCGUCUAUGCCUUAGCAGAGAUAUUUCAGGUACUCGCUUCCUUUUAUGUGAUUAUGGUUCUGUUCUAUGGGCUCACCUCUUCCUACAGCUUGUGGUGGAUGCUGAGGAGUUCCCUCAAGGAAUAUUCCUUUGAGGCAUUAAGAGAGAAAAGCAACUACAGCGACAUCCCUGACGUCAAGAAUGACUUUGCAUUCAUCCUUCACCUCGCGGACCAGUAUGAUCCUCUCUAUUCCAAGCGCUUCUCCAUAUUUCUCUCGGAGGUGAGCGAGAACAAGCUGAAACAGAUCAACCUCAACAAUGAAUGGACCAUGGAGAAGCUCAAAAACAAGCUGGUGAGGAAUGCCCAGGACAAAGUGGAACUCCAUCUCUUUAUGUUGAGCGGGCUCCCAGAUAACAUCUUUGAACUGACUGAGAUAGAGGUGCUCACUCUGGAGCUGAUUCCUGAGGUCAAGCUGCCCCCCACCAUCUCUACCCUAGUCAACCUCAAAGAGCUAAAUAUUUACCAUUCCUCCCUCCUGGUUGACCGUCCUGCACUGAACUUCCUGGAAGAGAAUUUGAAAAUACUACGGCUGAAAUUUACAGAAAGGGGGAAGAUUCCCCGUUGGAUAUUUCACCUAAAAAACCUCAAGGAAUUGUAUGUGUCUGGCUACAUUAUGUCCGAGACUAUGAGCACCUUGAGCCCGGUCCAGAGCCCCACACAGGGCUUUCAGGAUCUCAAGAACCUGAGGACACUUUACUUAAAGAGUACUCUCUCCCGGAUCCCCCAGGUGAUCACCGAUACGCUGCCUGCACUACAGAAGUUGUCCCUUGAUAAUGAGGGGAACAAACUGGUGGUAUUGAAUAAUUUGAAAAAGAUGAUAAAUCUGAAAUGCCUGGAACUCAUCAACUGUGACUUAGAGCGCAUUCCUCACUCCAUUUUCAGCCUCAUCAACCUGCACGAAUUAAAUUUAAAAGAAAACAAUCUUAAAACCAUUGAAGAGAUUAUCAGCUUCCAACAUCUCCAGAACCUUUCCUGCUUAAAGUUGUGGCACAACCACAUCGCCUACAUUCCUGCCCAGAUCGGCGCCCUCUCCAACCUGGAGCAGCUCUACCUGGACCAUAACAAGAUUGAGAAUAUGCCACUGCAGCUCUUCCUCUGCACCAAACUGACCCACUUGGAUCUCAGCUACAACAACCUGACGUUCAUUCCCGAAGAGAUCCAGUUUCUGACGAACCUGCUGUAUUUUGCGGUGACAGACAACUAUAUUGAAACGCUGCCAAAUGGAUUGUUUCAGUGUAAAAAGCUGCAGACCUUACUCUUGGGGAGGAAUAGCUUGAUGACUCUGCCCCCCCUCAUCGGGGAGCUGACAAACCUGGUGCAGUUGGAGCUCAUUGGAAACCACCUGGAAGUCCUCCCUCCGGAGCUGGAAGCAUGUCCUUCCCUGAAGCGGAGCUGUGUGUUUGUGGAAGAGAACUUGCUGAACACCCUGUCUCCUCCCGCCACAGAACGGCUGCAGACGUGCUUGGAUAAAUGUUGAACUAAGAAAGGAGACACACUGUGUCGCAAAAUCAUAACAAAAAAGAAAUCAUCCUUGGGACUUUGAAUGAAAAGUUGCUUUUAAAAAAAAUCUUUUUUCUUAAAUUUGAAAAGAAUAAAAGCUGAUAGGGAGGAUCUAUGCAUAAGUACGGGAUGACCUGCUGUGGCAUGGUUUACUAACACAAUGUCUCAGCUAGCCCUAAACCCCACGGGUAAAAAAUAAAAAUAUUAAUAAUACUGAAGAGAAGGGGCAGCUAGGUGGCACAGUGGAUAGAGCACUGGCCCUGGAGUCAGGAGGACCUGAGUUCAAACCUGGCCUCAGACACUUGACACUUACUAGCUGUGUGACCCUGGGCAAGUCACUGAACCCCAAUUGCCACACACACACACAUACACACACACACACAAAAUAAUACUGAAGAGUAUGUGCUGUCUGGAAGUAAUCACCCUUUAACUUACUGAGCUGCUCCAGGCAGUGGUUUUGUGGGGAGAGGCAGCCAUUGAAACCAUCCCCAACUUGUCUUUGGAACUGGAAGAGUUGAGUGGGGUUCUUGCCCUCCCCUUCCCAAUUAGCUCUCUCAGAUCUCUGGAUUUAAAUGACUUUCUCUCGCACUUUUAACAUUUAAGACUAAAAUCACCAAGAUGAAAACAUCCUCACCACUGACUGCUUAAUGUUCUUAAAACAUAUUAGCCUGGAUGCAUUGUCAAAGAGGUGGAUGUUUCCUCCUCUUAACACUAACUUCUUUUUGUUGGUCAGUCUUCCUUACUCUUCUUUUCACUGCUGGAGGGGAAAAGUGGGGAACACUGACAAAUCUCCUGCCUUAGGCCAUUGCACAAACUCUCAAACAGGGUAUUUGGGAAAGGUGAAAAACUUGCAUGAUCUUUAAAAAUCUUUUCCCUUCUUCCCCAUUUUUCCCCAAAGCCCCAUUUAAAAAAUUGACCCCAAAGUUUUAUAUUCAUGGAAUGUAUGACGUACAGUUGUUUUAUAUCAUGUAACUGGGGACUCAGAAUCCAAGGAGAUUCAUUUUUCUAAGGUACAGAGGAUCUAGGGAAAUCACCUAUUUCUUUGAGCACGUGCUAAUAACAUACUUGCUGUUUCUGCUUCUUUAGUAGGAUUCUCAGGUUUCUGCUGUGUUCAGUUCAUCAAUCUUUUACUCAUCUAUAAUCAAUUGCUUUCAUUUGCUACCGUAGGUAGGAACAAGACUAGUCUUUCAUUGGGGGUGACAGGGGACCCCUGGUGUAUUUAUGUAGUAACUCCUGCUUUUGAGAAGAGAGAUCCUCCAAGUCUACCUCUUUCUUCCCCAGUUGCUGAACUAUUGUACGGGUACAAAUUCUUAUUUACUUGCAAAAAACAAAGCAAAACAAACAAACAAAAAACCAACCUCGGGGAAAGGGGAGAAGGGAGGUAUAGAAUUGAGCUUUUUAAUCUUAAUUUAAUACUUGACAGAAAAUUAGUAACUAUUAACUCAAAACAUCAGAUUUUUUUCCAUUUGCAUGAUGUGUAGUUACAGUGACAUGACAAAAAUUUUAUGCCCCAUCCUGAUGUUUGCUCAUGGAGUUCUCAAAAUUGCAAAUGAUAUGUCACUUAAACACUGAAAUUUAUCUUACAUCUUUAUCUGAUUCUUUAAGCUUAUAUCUGCUUCUUCCUAUAAAGAACUUCGUGUUUUGCCUUUUGUUGUAUGCAACAUUGCAAAAAUAAAGAAUAAAAUCGAUAGGCACGCUUUCAGGAAGUA